AUGCCUGAGGCCGAACAAACUCUCGACGGCGAAUACGAAUUGCUCGAAAAUCAUACUUUCGGACCAGUCAAUUAUAAGAGAUAUAUGUCAUGGAAGAAAGGAAGUGGCAAGAUAACUUUGGGUAUAAGAAUACUCAAAGCAAAUUCAGACGAAGUGAAUUGGAGUAUUGAUCCAGGAUGGAGUGUAAAGGUGGAAGAUGUGAACUUUAAAUUGGUGAGGACCAUUACCUGA